ACCACCAAUUUGAAUCAGUUAUCUCUUCACCAAAAAAAAAAAUGUCCGAACAAGAAGGCAAAAAUGAGAAGAAAGUAACUGAAGGGCAAUGGACUACCGGUUUAUACGACUGUCUCUCUGAAGAUAUCUCUACAUGCUGCUUUACAUGGGUUUGUCCUUGCGUUGCAUUUGGGAGGAUCGCUGAGAUCCUUGAUAAAGGAGAAACAAGUCGAGGACUUGCUGGAUUAAUGGUGGUCGCAAUGUCUAGCAUUGGGUGUGGAUGGUACUAUGCUUCAAAAUACAGAGCCAAAUUGAGGCAUCAAUACGCUUUGCCCGAGGCGCCUUGUGCCGAUGGCGCCAUUCACUGCUUCUGCUGUCCAUGUGCUCUUACUCAAGAACACCGCGAACUCAAACAUCGAGGUCUUGAUCCCUCUCUAGGGUGGAACAUUGAGAAUGGAGGAUUAAACAGCAACACGCCCCCGUUUGUAGCGUCAGGCAUGGACCGUUAAGGAACAUCACAAAUUAAUGCAAGUAAUUGAAUUCCAUGAAAAGUAAAUAAAUAAAUAAACCAUGUGUUAUAUAUAAUUGGGUUCACGGAAAUGAUAAAUUUAUUCUUAUAUGAUAAUUUUGUUGUAAAUAUUUAUUUUAUAUGUGUGAAGUUGUAAGUUGUAACCAUGAAAAUUUAUGAUGAUAUCUAAUCUUAUGUUCUUACAAAUAAAUGUAAAACCAAUUUCUAUAGAAUUGGCUAUUGGUUUCCCUGAGCGAGUUAAUUUA